UUGGCGGCAGUUCUAUCCUUCCCGUCCCCCUCCGCUUGUCUCAGACGUUCCUCGGCUGAAAAAUAGGUAUCCCUCCGCUGGGGUCGUCACCCCCUGGGUGCGCGCAAGCGUUAUCCCCCCCAAAGGUCAGCGAAACCACGAGCGGUGGCUGCCCGGUUGGCCGUUUCGCCUUCUCAACCAAAAAAGAUUCAGAGGCCUCUUCCCGUCGUUGCGAUAGUGAAGCCCCAUCGACUUCAGCCAGCACUAAAGACCUGUCCGUCUCCUUUAAGAGGGAAGGCUGGGCUUCCAAUGACCUCUUCGUAGGCCCGCCCCUUCCUGGUUGCCAUAGCGACUGGCUGCUGGCGUCCUAAAAUGGCGUCCCUCCUCACAGAUAUUUUGUUCGAGGUGCGAGGUCAGGCCCCGGCGCCCAGCAAAGACUUCUAUCAGCUUCUUGUCACCAGGACGGAAGUAAUUUUCAGGUGGUGGAAAAUUUCUCUUAGGAGUGAAUUUCGUGAAGCAAGACCUGGGGAACUUAAAGAAUCUCAUGAAGACUUCUUGGAUGAUCCCUCCCUCCAAAUUCAAAUAGCCAUCGUGUUUGGAGGAGAUACUUUGGAUCAUAUCUUCAAUAUGUGCCGAGGUAAUUUUGAUUUCCUAGUGCGACUUCCUGACCCAUUGCUUCUGUACAUUAUGUCCUAUUUGGAUCUUGAGGAUAUUGCCAGACUUUCUCAAGUAUCUCACAGAUUUGAAACGUUAUGCAACUCUGACAAACUAUGGGAAAUGAUUGUGCAAAAUUUAUCAGGUAAAAUUACCCCAGAAAUGAGAUCACUGGCACAAGAUGUGGGCUGGAAACAAUUCUUCUUCACUAACAAGCUUCAACUGCAGCUCCAGCUCAGAAGAAGAAGACAGAUGAAAUCUGAAUCAUCAGAAAGCUUGUCAGAUUAAAGGAGUGUUUUUCCUAGUUGGCGGUAACAAUGGUGAUGUAUUAGUUCCAUAGAUGUCUUGCUUUGCUUUCUGGAAAAAAGAAAUCUAGUUGCAAGAUUAAAAUAAGUGUGGAGCCUGCCUUGAUGAACACACAUUAUUAUGGUCUGCAAGAACAAUUUUUUGUUUCAUUAUUCCAUUUAUUUUCAUUGAGUAAAAACUUCAUAUGAUUCAAUUAAAUUACUUUUUUAUUAUUCAUUUACAGUAAUUUGUUUUAAUUACUCCCCUAUGUUUUCAUUGUCUUUAUUUUGCUUUUUCUUAAGAACUGAUUAUUCUUUGUAGCCUAGAUUUUAUUUUUCCAGAAUAGCCUAGACGUGUGUCAACCUAGGGAAUUGAGGGGAGGGUGUAAUAUUGGUGAUUCACUAGAAAAGACAAUAAUGCUGGGAAAAACAGGAGUAGAAAAAGAAGAAGGCCAAACAAGAGAUGGGUCGAUUCCAUAAAGGAAGCCACAGACCUGAACUUACAAGAUCUGAACAGGGUGGUUCACGACAGAUGCUGUUGGAGAUCGCUGAUUCAUAGGGUCGCCAUAAGUUGUAGUCUACUUGAAGGAACAUAACAACAAUGAUGACCCCAGUAGUGCCUGCUGUUUUCCCCCAGGAAUGCCAGGAAUUACACAAUAUCCAGGGUAUUCUGGGAAAAUAAUAAGAUCGCUGCCAGAAUGCAGCCACUGAAAUCAGCUGAUGACUCCAGGGAAAGGUUCCUGCCCACCACCAAAAAGGAGUGAUGAAUGGGAUAACUAAAAAUAAUCCUUCAGUUCAGUUUUUCAUUUAUUAUGAAACAAUUUGCACACCUCUGUUCUUUAUAGCGUACUAAUCAAAUUCCUGUAGCCGCAACUUAAUUCACAGACAAACAACUUUCUUUUGUCCAUUAUUUCAAAUAUGAAACAUCUACAGAUAUGCAAGAACAAAACGUGUGUAUAUUAAACUAAAAAUGAACAAGAAAAUACCACACUUGGCCACCAUGGGGAAUUGUAAUUAUCAAAGUGUCAACAAAUUAACCUCUUUCCCAUAAGAAGCCUCCCUCAGACCUCAAGUUGAAGAAUAUUGGCAAGCACAUCCUGUGUAGUUUGAGAGGCCUGACUAACUGCACUAUAAUGAUUUUUUUUUAAAAAGUUGAAUUCUGUGAAAAUAUUUCUAAAAAUAAGGCCACUAUAUUUUUAAUAAUAAAAUGUCUGUUUUUUAAACAAAAGUGUAGCUGGAUGAUCUGGAACAAUGCCACUGUUCUUAUUUUUACCCUAAAACAGGAAAAAACAUACAAUGACAAGACCAAAAACAAUUUGCCUUAACUAUGGCUGUAGCUUUCAAGUUAUCCCUAAUGUUUCAAUUACCAAGGGGGCAUAUAGAUAAAUUUUCCUAUUGUUACACAGGACACAUAAUGUUGUAACUUGGUGUUGUAAAACUUUCAAGAUUAGGAUGAUUUUCAACUGAAAACAAAUUGGUUCAGUGACUAUUUUUCAUCUGAUACCUGCCACCCGCUCCACAGUUAAUGAUACAGGUCAAAAUGAUAUAUAGUAGGUGUGCUGUUGAAAUGUCAACUUUUAAAAAAUGUGCCACUUGAAAUUUAGGCUCUACAAGUAUUUCACCUCAUAUUUGGCAGAUGAAUAAUUAACUCUUUUUGUAAUAAUGUUCAGGUUUACUUAUGUCCUUCUACAAUAUUUACUAUGGGUACACUAUAUGACUUGGUUUCCUUAUUUUUUAGCAACAGUUGAAUAUUCAGUAUUAUUAAAAAUACUUACAAAGUCUAAAUCAUGUCUUAAAUGAGCA